AGAAGGUUACCCAUCUCCCCUGCCAAUUUUGGAAACAUAUUUAGACAGGACCAGGUGGAGCCAAGGGGUGCCAAUCUCAGGGGCAGCUCAGGUUGCCUCCCCGCCCCCUGCUCCUAUUCCUCCUGACCGUUUUUCUCUUGGCUCUGUUGACAGUGUCUCCAAGACCCAGCAGUGUCCUCUGUCCACUGCCCUAGGCCAUUUCCCACCCCACCCCCACUGUGAGCCCCUCACUCAAGAUUCAGGAUUUGGGGGGCUCUCCCUACCCCAGCAAACCUCUUCUGAACCAGGAGAGACAACCCAGAUCUCACUACCUCCAUGUGUGCUGCAGACAGGAUGUGGGGCAGAACUGUGCUGGGCCUGCGACUGGUGCUGCUGUCACUGCUGGUGUUAGGGACUCCAGAGUCAGGGGUACAGGGGGAGGAUGGGCUGGACUUCCCCGAGUACGAUGGUGUGGACCGUGUGGUCAAUGUCAAUGCAAAGAACUACAAGAAUGUGUUCAAGAAGUACGAGGUGCUGGCACUUCUCUACCAUGAGCCUCCGGAGGACGACAAGGCCUCACAAAGACAAUUUGAGAUGGAGGAGCUGAUCCUGGAGUUAGCAGCCCAAGUCCUCGAAGACAAGGGUGUUGGCUUUGGGAUGGUGGACUCUGAGAAGGAUGCAGCUGUAGCCAAGAAACUAGGACUAACUGAAGAGGACAGCAUCUAUGUGUUCAAGGGAGAUGAAGUCAUUGAGUAUGAUGGCGAGCUUUCUGCUGACACCCUGGUGGAGUUUUUGCUUGAUGUCCUAGAGGACCCUGUGGAAUUCAUUGAGGGUGAACGAGAGCUGCAGGCAUUUGAGAACAUCGAGGAUGAGAACAAACUCAUUGGCUACUUCAAGAACAAAGACUCAGAGCAUUACAAGGCCUUCGAGGACGCCGCAGAGGAGUUCCAUCCGUACAUCCCCUUCUUCGCCACCUUCGACAGCAAGGUGGCAAAGAAGCUGACCCUGAAGCUGAAUGAGAUUGAUUUCUAUGAAGCCUUCAUGGAUGAACCUGUGACCAUUCCAGACAAGCCCAACAGCGAAGAGGAGAUUGUCAACUUUGUGGAGGAGCAUAGGAGAUCAACCCUGAGGAAACUGAAGCCUGAGAGUAUGUAUGAGACCUGGGAGGAUGAUAUGAAUGGAAUCCACAUUGUGGCCUUUGCAGAGGAAGCUGAUCCUGACGGUUAUGAGUUCUUAGAGACUCUCAAGGCUGUGGCCCAAGAUAACACUGAAAACCCCGAUCUUAGCAUCAUUUGGAUUGACCCCGAUGACUUCCCCCUGCUGGUUCCAUACUGGGAGAAGACGUUUGAUAUCGACCUGUCAGCCCCACAAAUAGGUGUUGUCAAUGUUACUGAUGCUGACAGCAUAUGGAUGGAGAUGGAUAAUGAGGAGGACCUGCCUUCUGCUGAGGAGCUGGAGGACUGGCUACAGGAUGUGCUGGAGGGUGAGAUCAACACAGAGGAUGAUGAUGAUGAUGAUGAUGACGACGAUGACGACGACUAGUUGCUGUGAGAACCAUCUCUCUGCCCCACCAGCUCAGGUUCCUUCCUGCCUUCCCUGAGCUCCUCCAGAGAUGCUGGGUCAUUUUCUGCCUCUGGGUCCCUUGGGGUCUAUAUGCUGAGGGCUGAGACCCUGGCCCCCUCACCUGAUGGGGGAAGGAGUUGCUUUCCCUGUACACCAGCCCAGCUAUUUCAUCUGACUUCUGUUUCUUGUCCCACAAUGUCCCUGUAUCUAUUAUUUUUUUCUUCCAUUACUUCCUAAACCCUUUCUUGUGGUUUUCCUCUUGCCAUAUCUCUGGGUCCCCAUCUAUUUUCUGUUCCCUGAACCUGUAUACACUCUUCCCCUACUCUCUCAAAUCCUAGAUCCUUGUGACUCCCUCUCCCCGUGUUUGGGGCUAUAUCUCUGCAAUCUCUUGUUAAUGUAUUUGGGUCAAACCAAGGCUUCAAUAAAGGAUCUGGGGCAGCUGA